AUGCCGCCCAAAAAAAGCAACGCAUCCGCCGUGUCAAAUGAACCCAGUCCCGUAGCACCAAGAUCAGCGCCGCGGGAUGACAGUCUAGGUGUCGAGGAUCUGAACUUGCCCAAGUCGAUAGUGCAGCGUCUGGCUAAGGGUGUGCUGCCGCCGAAUACUCAGAUCCAAAAAGAUGCGCUACUUGCCAUGAGCAAGAGUGCAACCGUGUUCGUCAACUACGUUACAUCAUGCGCUGCCGAGAAAGCCCUCAGCAACGGCAAGAAAACCGUCAUGCCCAAGGACGUCUUCGAUGCCAUGCAAGAACUCGAAUUCGCUUUCAUGUUGCCCCGUCUUGAAGCCGAGGUCACAAAGUUCACGAGCAUACAAGCCGACAAGCGGAACACUUACAGGAAAAAAGUCCGCGAGGAGAAGAAGGCAUCGUCAAGUGGAGGUGCAACAGAAUCGACACCUACAAAACCAACGGCGGAUGGAGAUAUCGUCAUGGAAGAGGCGGAUGAUGAUGGAGAGAGGGCAGCGAAGAGGGCAAGGAGAGAGAGCGGGGACAACGCCGAGGGAGACGUCACGGAAGAAGAGGGGGACGAAACAGCAGACAUUGAGGACGAGGAAGUCGAGGAUGAUGAGAUUGAAGAGGAGGUCGAAGAGGAGCGCUUGGUAGAGGAUCCGCUCGAAGAGAAGGAGAACAGAGAGGAUGACGACGACGAAGAUGGCAACGACAGUGACUGA